AUGCUCAAGCUUGUGCUGACCUAUGCGCACAACAACCUCGCUCUCAAGUUCAUCAAGUUCAUCAAGUUCAUCAAGCUCAUCAAGCUCAUCAAGCUCAUCAAGCUCAUCAAGCUCAUCAAGCUCAUCAAGCAGCAGCUUUUCGUCGUCGAGUACGUCGUCGAACCCGUCUUCGAGCCCGUCUUCGAGCCCGUCUUCGAGCACCAGUUCCUCCUCUAUAAGCUCUACUUCAGCGUCAACUUCUCUAUCUGGAAGCUCCUCUAG